AUCUUUUUAAAUUGGCCAUCGUGGGCUGUGCCGAGGUCCUGACGCAUCUUGACGGCCACGUGUUCUGGAAGAACAGACAGCAGCAAUUGCUCCUUUUGUUUCGUCGAGAUUCAGGCAAAGAAACUUUACAGGUUGGUAACGAACCGCCAUUCACAACGAACGAACCGCUUGACCGUUUUUUAAAAGGAAUUGAAAAUCUGAGGCUUUUCUCAUCGACGUAUUCCACCAGUAAAAGAAGACUCUUCUAGUCGCCACUCCCUCGCACAGCACGGUUGGCUUGAAAACCAGCAGGCCCAUUUUCUGAGGGUGAAAGAUGUCAUCGCAACGGACGGUGAGACAUCAGCCAAGUGGAGCAGACGGCGAAAGUGAAUUGUCGGCGAGUUCCUUGACAGGAGCGGCGAAUUUCCCAGUGUCGGCCACUCCUUUCUCCUUGGCCGGCACGAGGCGGACGAAUAACGAGUCAUCUUUUUCCGAUAAUAUCCGUCGUCCGUCUUCAUCCAUCCAUCACGAAGGACCGUCGGCAGCCUCGCAAUGGACGGAGAAUGAUAUGGGUAGUGGACCAACGUCCGCCAAGACUACCAACAGCGUCUUCAACUUGCGUUUCACUUCGGGCAGCACGAUGACUAGCGACAGUCACUACCAUCAAGUAUUUGCCCAGCCUAGUGGACGGGCACCCCGGAGUUCGGCAACUCCCAGUUUAUUCGCCGCUCUGACAACCCCCGGUCCCAGCAGAGCAGCCGCUCCUCUUCGUUCGCCUCUUCCGGACGUCCAGCCUCAGCUGUUUGGCAACGCUGGUAGUCAACCAUCGGCUCAUAGUUUACCACCACCGUCGACACCUCUAACUCCUGGAAUUCGCGGGGGUCCACCAGCCAUUACGCCUCGAUUAACAGCAGGACGGACGACUGUUGCAACACCUUCCGUCGCCACACCUAGGACCGGCCGUCCUCGUCGUGAUGACAACGUGAUCGUUGGUUUGGUGCACGGACGAGGAUUCGCCCGCAACGAAGUCGGAAUGGCAGCGAUCAACUUGACGGCGUGUGAACUUCACUUGUGUCAGAUGACCGAUUCUCACGGCUUCGUCAAAACUUUGACGAAAAUGAAUUUAUUCCGUCCUACUGAGGUGUUGAUGCCCGACACGGCCCUAGUGCCCGGUUCGCCCUCGCCCCUUGCGCAAGCCAUUAGCCGUUUCGAUUCUGACAUCGUCAUGACUGCCGUUAAUCGUGGAGCAUUUAACGAUACGGAAGGCAUCCAUUGCGUCCAAAAAUUGGCCGUCGUCGAUCACUUGAACAUUCUCGUUUUGAUUGAACAAAAGUAUUACGCCCUCGCUUCUGCCUCGGCUUUAAUGGCUCACCUGGAAAACAAUUUGAAUAUUACGUUUGCUCCUGGGACGUUACGAGUCUACUACAGCGGCACGGAUAAGACUGCCAUCAUUGAUUCGGAAACAGCCAACCGACUGGAAGUGGUGAGCAGCUUGAACCCAACCGGGGGUCCGUCUCUACUUUCGGCCCUGAAUUCGUGCCAAACAGCGGCCGGUAAGCGGCUCCUCCGUUCAAAUUUACUGGAACCCAUGACGGACCGGGAGGCCAUCCGUCAGCGUCUGGAUGCCGUCGAGGAGCUUGCGUCACGUCCCACCGACCUCCACCAGCCCAUCAAGGAGAUCCUGUCGCGGUUUGUCGAUGUCGAGCGUGCCGUUAACCAGUGCGUCGUUGUACCGAAAAAUCCUAGCCCGUCGUUCGUCGAGCAACGAAUCAACGCUGUUGUUGCCCUCAGGCACAUUCUAUCACUAGUGGCUCCGCUUCAAGCUGCCCUAGCGAAAGCCAACAGCCCAUUGAUUGUCUCUUUGGCUAAAGAAUUGGCCACCGUCAAUGACGAGACGCUGCUAUCGCGCAUUCAGGACGUGCUGGACGAACGGGUGAAGCCUGUCAAAGGCAAAAUAGGGAUGCAACGUCAGCGUUUCCGCGCUGUCAAAAUGGGCGUCGAUCUCAUGCUGGACGUUUGUCGCCGGACGCAUAACGACCUCGAAACAGAAAUGGAAGAAUACGUCGAGGACCUGUCACAGAAAUAUCAAAUGCCUUUGACGUUGGCCAAUACGGCAGUGCGCGGCUAUCACUUGCAACAGACGUUGGGUCAAGCGAGAAAGAAAGGCGACACCAACUAUCAACCUCCACCGCCACCUCCAGAAUUGCCGCCCGUCUUUGUCUGUGUAAAGAAGCAAGGUAACUGCAUGGCUUUCACGACCCAACACCUCCUCGUGUCCAACGAACGAAUUAAAUCUGUCGAGAAGGACAUUGAGAAGAUCACCAACGUAGUUAUUGAAGAUCUAUUGGCCAAGACGCGCAGUGACAUCGGAUCGCUGUAUAAAUUGCGAGAAAUCAUUUGCCAACUGGACGUGAUCGUGUCGUUUGCCCAGGUCAGCUCUGCCGGGGGUUUCUGUCGGCCCGCAUUCGCCAACGAGCUCGUCAUCCGUUCCGGUCGCCAUCCGAUCCUAGAUCAGUUUUCACCGAGCGCUUUGGUCUCCAACGACACGGAAAUGACGGUGGAAUCGAAUUUCCAUGUCAUCACCGGAGCUAAUAUGAGCGGCAAAAGCACCUACAUCCGUCAAGUGAUGCUACUGCAAAUAAUGGCCCAGAUUGGAUGUUUUGUUCCGGCUAGCAGCGCUUCAUUCCGGAUUGUUGAUCAAAUGUUCUCUCGGCUCGGCACUCACGAUCGCUUGGAAAACAACGCCUCCUCUUUCUCUCUCGAGAUGACGGAGAUGAACUAUAUUGUUCGCAAUGCCGGCCCAAAGUCUUUGGUUAUCAUCGACGAGCUGUGCAACGAAACGGCUGCUGAUCAAGGCAGUGCCAUCUGUUGGAGCAUUUGCGAAGCACUCAUAAUGACGCAAGCCUGGAUUAUGAUUGCCACUCACACGCCACUUGUCACCAAAUUGCAGGAUCUCUACUUUAACGUUUCAAAUUACCACAUGGAAGUCCUUGAAGAAGAGCGUGAAGACGGACGAUCUAAGCUAGAUUACACUCAUGCGAUCAGGCCGGGCGUCACGCAGUUGGAGAAUUACGGCAUGAAAUUGGCUUGCAUGUUGGCCUUCCCUCCCGAAAUCCUGAGCAGGGCCAAAGACCUGAUUCCGAUUUUAACCACCAACCUGAAGCCCCUACCGAAGACAACUUUUGACUUCAAAAUGAACAGACUCAACUAUGCGUUGCACGGCAAGCUGCUGGAUAUCGGUCGCAGGAUGGAUGCCCUACCUGAUCAGACUUUUCUGAUGGAGAUGCAACGCGUUCGUGACGCUUACAAAGAAGAGCUUAAUAGGAUCAUGGCCGAACACGAGGCCGAGUGAAGCAAUUGAUGGAUACGAACGCCCUUUUUUUUCCCCUUCCUUCUUUCACGCUCCAUAAUUUUCGUUUACCUUUCAGUUUUUUUUUUAUUUCUAAAUUCCAGUUACUGUUCACUUUGAAGUUGUGCGACAUAAUCUAAUUUUUUUAAAAAUAGUGCCAACUGGAUAGCUGCAAUAGGUAAUCAAGAACUAUAUGACUGUUGAUGUCUUCUUUAAUAUUUCAUUGCUCGCAGUCAAUAAUGGAUGAAUGGCUGGUAAUGGGCUUCUGCUUGCUGAUUGGCUCACUUAACUGACAGAAGGAGAAUGCCACUCUGGCGGUACCAUUCUUCCCCCUUUUACACGGCCGUCGUAUGUCUGAUUGAUAUUCCAUCUCGAACACAAAAUGCCGUUACUUGUAGA